ACAUUUUUAGGGAGCCCGUGGUGUCCUCAUCUGAUUUAGGUAUUUUUGUAGCUCAAAUUAUAGAUGAAGACAUUCAAAUUAUUAAGAGAGAAGAUAUAGACCAUAAGUAUUUUGCUAUUCCAGUAGGGAAUAAAUUUAUUUUAAUUCCUAUGUUACAUAACUUAUUUUAUAAUUUUACUUAGAAAGAACUGGAAUUCAGUUUUAUAAUUGAUGGAGAGGAGGAGCCGGAUAUAAGUCAGGCAAAUGCUGGAGGAUCUCGCCGUUUCGACGUGUCCCAGCCUUUCCUCGACCGUAUGGCCACCCAACCUGCCGUGGAUAAUGACUCAGCGCUACAACAAAUUUUGGCUGCCCUUGGAAGAGUGGAGUCUCGACAGGAUGAAAUAUUGAGAAGGCUUUCCUCCGUAGAAAGCGCCCUUGCCGAGAAGAUGCCCGAGCGUUGUGAGGUUCAGGCGCCGGGUCAACUGCUGCGUGAAUGCAAGGUGCUCUCUGCAAAAACCCACCGCAGUGUAAGCCGAAUCACAGGUGACUUGGUAAGUGAAGAGCAAACUUUGCUGCAAAGUUUGCUACCAAUGUCAUCGGAGGAAACCCUGCUUAAGGUGGAGGAGCACCUUCAAAACAAGGCACACGCUGACGCUAUGGCGGGCAUCAUCAUCCAGCUGAAAACAUCUAGAUGUACAUUGGAGAAAGUGCUGCAGUCGUUGUUCAGUGACGAGUUGGUGUGGCUGUACAACUUCGAUGGAAAGGCAGGGAAAAAGGCACUAAUAAAAUUAAAACCUGUCGACCUGGUUCUUGCCGCAUUCGCAAGUAUGCACACUGAUAAAAUUUUAGCAAUUAAGCACUAUGUAGUUUUAAGCCACAAUAGAUAUAAGCAAGUUAGAAAAAAAUGCCAAAAUAGUAACUAGUAAUUAGUUUUUUCUUAUUUUCUCUAUAGUGUGCUU